GCGAAGGUUCCAGAGGCGCCGCGUGCGGGAGGCGGGCCGAGAUUUCGCGCAGGGUCAGGUGUGCUCGCCGGCCGUGUCCGCCGCUACUCGUGCCGGUGUUGUCUGCGCUCGCGGUGAGAGCGCUCGGUGCCGCGUUUCACGUUCUCCGUCCUACGCCCCUGCAGCCCGGGCCUUGCCUGACGCAGCCCGAUCAUGUCUUCAGCUUUGGAAGAGCUCCAGAAAGAUCUAGAAGAGGUGAAGGUGCUGCUGGAAAAAGCCACUAGGAAAAGAGUACGUGAUGCACUGACAGCUGAAAAAUCCAAGAUUGAGACAGAAAUGAAGAAUAAGAUGCAGCAGAAAUCACAGAGGAAAGCAGAACUUACAGAAAAUGAGAAGCCAGCUGCUGUGGUUGCUCCUAUUACAACAGGAUAUACAGUGAAAAUCAGUAAUUAUGGAUGGGACCAGUCAGAUAAGUUUGUGAAAAUCUACAUUACCUUACCUGGAGUUCAUCAAGUGCCUGCUGAGAGUGUGCAGGUGAAUUUCACAGAGAGGUCAUUUGAUCUUUUGGUAAAGAACCUAAAUGGGAAGAGUUACUCCAUGAUUGUGAACAAUCUCUUGAAACCCAUCUCUGUGGAAGGCAGUUCAAAAAAGGUCAAGACAGAUACAGUUCUGAUCUUAUGUAGAAAGAAAGCAGAAAACACGCGGUGGGACUACCUGACUCAGGUUGAAAAAGAAUGCAAAGAGAAGGAAAAGCCCUCCUAUGACACUGAAACAGAUCCUAGUGAGGGAUUAAUGAAUGUUCUAAAGAAAAUUUAUGAAGAUGGAGAUGAUGAUAUGAAGCGAACCAUUAAUAAAGCCUGGGUGGAAUCAAGAGAGAAGCAAGCCAAAGGAGAUACAGACUUCUGAGACUUUAAAGUCUUUUGGGAACUGUGAUGUGGAAAAAUGAUGUUUCCAAUAAGGAAAUGUUGCUGAGCUGCACAAAUAAAUCUGACAUAUAACUACUUACACAGCCUUCUUCUAAGUAAAGGCAAUGAAUUCUCCACUUCCUGCUGGAGGAUUUAUUUAAGUAAAAUAUGCUUAUUAAACACUUCCUCAAUGGAUGGUUUUUUUAGUAACCAGGCCAUUUUAUUCAAGAAGAGUAAUGUUGUAUUCUGGUGUGAAAUGUAAAAAAGCAAAUCUUGCCUAAUGAAAAUGCCACAUUGUGUGUAUUGUUCAGCUCAGAGGUAGAAAACAAAGUUCGUGCUUGCCUUUCAGUUCCUAACAUCAGCUCCCACCAGUGUAAGAAUAAAAAUAAAGCCUGAAUUUUUACAUAAAA